AUGACGGUGGUAUGUUCCGGGUGCGAAAUUGAGACGGAGAGCCGUUUGAAGUGUCCGAAGUGUGUGAAGCUGGGUCGUCAAGAGUAUUUCUGCGGUCAGGAAUGUUUCACGAAGCAGUACAAGACUCACUCGGAGCUGUGUCAUAAAGCACCAGCUCCAACGAUGGGCGCAGAAAGUCUGAAGGUGUAUAAGGAAGAUGAUAUGCAGACUUGGGUAAAUGACGCGCGGUUGCGACCGUUCGUUGCUCUCGGGUGCGACUUCCCUGGAUCCCUUAGACCGUGGCCUACGACCCCGAUGAACGUCGUGCCUGAACACAUUCCAAGACCGGAUUAUGUCGAAACUGGCGAGUCCCGACUCGAAGAACGAAGCAGGGCAUAUCCAAUCCACGUUUAUUGCGAGGAAGAACUGACACGAAUGCGCGCUUCCUGCCGCAUAGCACGUGAGGCACUCGACCUCGCACACUCUAUGUGCAAGACCGGAAUCACGCCUGUCGAAAUAGACGACGCCGUACACCACUUCAUCGUCGAACAUCACGGCUACCCUAGUCCACUAAACUACUACAAUUUCCCCAAGUCCUGCUGCAUCUCCGUCAACGAGAUUGUCUGCCAUGGCAUUCCCGACCUUCGCCCUCUUCGGGAUGGAGAUAUCGUAAACGUCGACAUCACCGUCUACCAUCAAGGCAUGCACGCCGAUCUGAAUGAAACCUACGCCGUCGGAACAGUCGCCGACGAGUCCCUGAAACUCAUGAAAUGUUCCUAUGACGCCAUGAUGAAAGCCAUCGCCAUAUGCAAGCCAGGAGUGGCUUAUCGGGACAUUGGUCGAGUAAUUGAGAACCACUGCAAGUCAGAAGGUUUCGCGGUGGUGCGUAACUAUACGGGCCACGGGAUCGGUAGUCUGUUCCACACGACGCCGACCAUUCCACACUAUGAAAUGAACAAGGCCAAGGGACUGAUGAAGGAAGGCCACGUGUUCACGAUCGAGCCCAUGGUGAACGCAGGAAAACAUUCGAAUGACAUGUGGCCGGACAACUGGACCGUAUCCACAUUGGACGGGUCCCGGUCUGCGCAGUUCGAGCACCAGAUCCUCAUCACUAGCGAGGGCGCAGAGGUACUCACCGCUCGACUGCCGACGAGUCCUCCCCUCGACUUUUAG